AUGUUCACCACUCGUCGGAAAAUCCAAUAUAAAUGUGUACGACGCCCUAUCUUCUUUUCUCCACCACCAUGCGUUCCGCACGCCGCAGCCCACAAGCACCGCACAAAAAAGGGGUCAAGGCGGCUCACCCGCCACUAUCUGCUAAUCUCCAGUCCCGCAGUCCACGUCGCUAUAUCUCGUCGAUCGCCAUCGGCACCAGACACCACAAAAUCAACCGAGAUCUUCUCCCCUCUCGCGCGGCGGGCCGACAUGUCUUCGGCUUCGGCUCCGCUGCUCGGUGCCUGCGAGCCCGCCGACGGCAAGGACGGCGAGGCGACGCCCUGCUCGCUGGCAUGGUUACGCCGCUUGAUCGACACGGAGGAGGCGUGGGCGCAGCUGCGGUUUGCGGUGCCGAUGGUCCUGACCAACAUGUCCUACUACAGCAUCCCGCUGGUGUCCGUGAUGUUCUCCGGCCACCUCGGCGACGUCCAACUAGCCGGCGCCACGCUCGGCAACUCUUGGGCCACCGUCACCGGCUACGCCUUCGUCACCGGUAUGAGCGGCGCCCUGGAGACGCUAUGCGGGCAGGCCUAUGGCGCCCAACUAUACCGCAUGCUAGGACUGUACCUGCAGUCGUCGCUCAUCAUGUCGGCGGUGGUGUCCGUGGCCAUCGCCGUCAUCUGGCUGUUCACGGAGCCGCUGCUUCUGUGCCUGCGUCAGGAGCCCGAGGUGUCCCGCGCCGCCGCGGUGUUCAUUCGGUACCAGAUCCCCGGCCUGUUUGCCUUCUCCUUCCUGCAGUGCCUUCUGCGGUACCUGCAGACGCAGUCUGUUGUCGUGCCGCUCGUCGUCUGCUCCGUGGUCCCAUUCGUGGUCCACGUCCCGCUGAACUACCUUCUGGUGAACGUGCUCGGCUUUGGCCUCGCCGGCGCAUCUGCCGCCAUCUCCACCACCUUCUGGUUCUCCUGCCUGAUGCUGCUUGGGUACGUGAUGUGGUCCAAGAAGUUUAGCGAGACGUGGAAGGGCUUCUCCCCCGACGCGUUCAACUAUGUGCUGCCGACGAUCAAGCUCGCCACACCCUCCGCCAUCAUGGUUUGCUUGGAGUACUGGGCGUUUGAGCUUCUGGUUCUUAUCGCGGGCCUGCUACCGAAUUCCACAGUGAGCACGUCAUUGAUCGCCAUGUGGGCGAGCACGGAGGCGAUUGCCUAUAUGAUCACCUACGGAUUCAGUGCCGCUGUAAGCACCCGGGUGUCGAAUGAGAUCGGAGCUGGGAACGUCGACAUGGCGAAGAAUGCGGUCACGGUGACGCUGAAGUUGUCGGUGUUCCUCGCUUUCUCCUUCGUCCUGCUGCUGGGCUUCGGCCACGGCCUUUGGGCGAGGCUCUUCAGCGGGAGUGAGGUGAUUGCGGCAGAAUUCGCGGCCAUCACCCCGCUCGUGAUGGUAUCGAUCGUGCUCGACUCCGCGCAGGGCGUGCUGUCAGGGGUGGCGAGGGGCCGCGGAUGGCAGCACCUGGCGGCAAUAACGAACCUUGUGGCGUUCUACUUCAUCGGCAUGCCGUUGGCCAUCCUCUUUGCCUUCAAGCUCAACUUCUACACCAAGGGUUUAUGGUCGGGUCUGAUCUGCGGGCUGACUUGCCAAACCAUCACGCUGGUGGUGAUCACCGCCCGCACGAAAUGGUCCAAGAUCGCGGAUGCGAUGCAGCAAGAGAAGGCCAACUAUGUCGCUUGA